AUAAAUUUAUUCAUCUGAUUUAUUGAGAGAGUAAUCAAUUACCAUCAUGGUUGAUGCAGCUCUAAUCAACGGUUUGCUUUCAAACUUGGUACCUCUGAUUAAGGAUGAGUUCUCCUUGUUUUGGAGUUUUGAGAAUGAGUUUCAAAAGCUAUCGAGCACUCUAUCUUCAAUUACUGCCGUACUUGAGGAUGCUGAGAGAAAGAAUGUGCAUGAGAAGGACAAACAAACAAAAGAUUGGUUGCGGAAUCUCAAAGAUGUAGCAUACGAGGUUCGAGACAUCAUGGAUGAGUGCACCUUUGAAGAUCUUCGUCUUCAAGUCAAAAGUCUUAAUGCCUCCUCUUCAACCCUGAUCCAGGUAACCAACUUUAUCACCCAUCCUUUUAGCAACACUUGGUCGCGUCAUGAAAUUGGUUUCAAAAUUAAGGAUGUUCAAGAGAAACUUGAUCAAAUUUAUUUAGAGAUCACAAAGUUACAUUUUCAAACCAUGUCUCUUUCUAGUAGUAAAGUAUAUGGGAGAGAUAAGGACAAGAAAGAUAUUAGUGAUGAAAAUGAAUGGUGCAGAAUAAGGUUGAGUUACUAUGAUCUCCCUUAUCAUUUGAGAAGAUGCUUUGCUUAUUGUGCUAUAUUUCCCAAGAAUACUAAAAUUGAAAAAGAAAAAUUGAUCCAAAUGUGGAUGGCCCAUGAUUUAAUUCCUACAACUGAAAAUCAAGAGUUAGAUGAUUCUGGAAAUACAAUUUGGAAUGAGUUGUGUCGGAGAUCAUUUUUUCAAGACCAAACAGAGACAACAUGUAAGAUGCAUGAUCUUAUGCACGAUCUUGCUCAAUAUGUGAUGGAAGGUGAAUGCCAUAUCAUAGGUUCUAAGAGUUCAAGUUAUGUUUCUGAACUAGAAAUUCGUCACAUAACAGUAAUGGUUAAUAAAGAAAUAGAAAAAGCACCGUUUCGUUAUCCUGACAAAAUAGGUUGCGAUAAAAGCUUGCAAUCAAUAAUACUUUAUCACACAAACUUUCAUAGUUUGAAUGUCUUGAACGAGAUUUUUAGUGACUUGAAGAAAUACCUGUCUUUACGCGUCCUUCAAGUAGACCCCAAUGUGGCUAAUAUUGCUCUGCGUUAUGUGGGAUAUCUAAAACAUCUUAGAUACCUAGACCUUUCAUUUAGUAGGAUAGCAACGUUACCUGAUAGUAUAUGUGAUCUCUUGAACUUACAGACUCUGAACCUCUCUUGGUGUAGCAACUUAAAAAGUUUGCCUAGAAAUACAAAAGACUUAAUUAACCUGCGACAUUUUUAUUUGGAGGGGUGCAAUGAGUUACAAUACAUGCCUCGAGGGAUGGGGAAAUUGAAACGCCUCAAAACAUUAAACUUGUUUGUGAUAGGAAAUGAAAUUGAUCAUUGCCAACUAGAUGAAUUAAAAGAAUUGGAUAUCAGAGGAUCUUUGGGAAUUAUGAAUCUUGAAAGAGUUAGUGAUACAUCUAUUGCAAAAUGGGGGAUAACUUUUGCUGUUAAAAGGUUAAAUAUCAAUAGGUUGGAGUUAAAAUGGACUUAUGAGCGUGAUACUUAUGAGAUGAAGAAAAGACAUGAGGAAAUGGGUGAAGCUCUUGACGUGCCGACGACGAGUCUUAAGACGUUGAGAAUAUGGAAUUACAAAGGUGUGAAUGUCCCCAAACUAGUAGGAAAGUCAGCUGGUUCUCUAACACACCUUGAGCUGUUCAGGUUGGAAAAUGUGAAGCACAUAUUCCCCAUCAACAACAACAUGAACACUGAUGAUAGUAGUGAUGACAAUGGAAUGGUAGUAUUCCCUUUGUUAGAGAGAUUGGAGAUUCGUGUCAUGAGGAAUAUGACAGAAUUGGAUUCUCCAAACUGUUGCAGUAUCACUAAAGCAUUCCCUAAUCUAUGCGAGAUUGAGAUAUUUUAUUGCCCAAAACUACAUACAUUGCCACAUUUUGAAUCACUCAAAAUACUAACUAUUGAAGGUUAUUGUUCUGAUGAACUGUUAUGUAGCAUCUCAAAUCUCAGUGGUCUCACACAUCUGAACCUUCAUACAUUGAAAAUAAUUGUUUUAUUUAAUGAAGCACAAGGAAGACAAUCAACUUUCCAAUCUCUUCAACAUAUGAAGAUUAUGUGGUCCUUCAUGUUAAGUUGUUUGGUUGAUGAGGGAGUGGUAAUGCAACUCCCUUCUCUGCAAACCUUACACAUUUCAGGUUGUAAGGAAUUAGUGUCUCUUGGAGGAAAACCAACUAGAGGUGUCAUGAACCUCAACUCUCUCAAAAAUUUGCAUAUUGAGGAUUGCCCCGAGUUGACGAUAUCACUGGAUGAAUUUGGAAGCCUCAAUAUAGAUUCACUUCAGAGCUUGUAUAUCAGGAAUUGUCCUAAGUUGUUGUUCUCUGAAGAAGCAGACAAUGUUAUCGCACUUUUACGUUCCCUUCGAGCAAGACUUGGUCAUAGAAACUUCCAUGUAGAUAUCCUAUUGCAAGAGGAAGAGGAAGGGAUUGCAGAAAAGGUAUGAAAAGGUAUGUAUUUCUCCUAGGAUUUCUCUUGGUGGAGGAAGGGUUAAUUGCAUUUUUAGCUUGUUUUGCAUUUGUUUUUACAUAUAUAUAUAAAGCAAUAUAAUUGUUCCAUUGAUUGAAUAAAAUAUGU